UCGCUGAGACUCGCUUUGCGUGGGCUGCCCGCGGCGGCGGCGGCAUCAUGAAGGGUGUCCUGGGGAGCCCCGUGGCCGCGGCGGCCGCCGGCGCCGCCAUGCAGGAGAGUUUCGGCUGCGUGGUGGCCAACCGCUUCCAUCAGCUGCUGGACGACGAGUCGGACCCGUUCGACAUCCUGCGCGAGGCCGAGCGCCGGCACCAGCAGCAGCUGCAGCGCAAGAGGCGCGACGAGGCGGCGGCGGCCGGGGCCGGGACCGGCGCCGGGACCGGGACCGGGACCGGAGGCGGCAACCGCGGCGGCAGGAGCCCGGCCGGGGCCGCGGGCCACCGAGCCGGCGCGGGCGGCGGCCGCAGGGAGUCCCAGAAGGAGCGCAAGAGCCUCCCGGUCCCCGGCGCGCAGCAGCAGCCCGACAGCCCCGGGGGCGGCCCGCAACCGCCCGGCCAGAAACGAACUCCUAGAAGAGGGGAGCAACAAGGAUGGAGUGACAGCCGUGGGACAGAGGUGACGCUGGAAAGAGCAGAGCGGAGAUCCUACAGGGAGUAUCGACCCUAUGAGACCGACAGGCAGGUGGACUUCACAGCUGAGAAGUUUCCAGAUGAAAAACUAGCUGACAGGUUUGAUCGGGACAGGCCACCCAGAGGACGUGGAGGCCCGAGAGGGGGCCCUCGAGGCAGAGGCAGAGGUGGCGGGCCUGGGAGCAGACCUUUCGACGGUUUUGACCAGAGAGGGAAGCGAGAUUUUGAAAGAUACAGUGGGAAUGAUAAAAUAGCAAUCAGAACUGAUGACAUCAUGGGCGGGUAUGGAGCUCGAGCCUGGGGGUCAGGAAAAGAUUCCAGUGACACGGAACCGACUGCCCUGGUGGAGGAGACCUUGCUGGCGGAGGAUUCCCAGGGCGCCCUGGACGAGGAAUCUUCAGCCAAAGUUCCCGAGUUGGAGGUAGAAGAGGAAACUCAAGUUCAAGAAAUGACCUUAGAUGAGUGGAAAAAUCUCCAAGAACAGACCCGACCAAAGCCCGAGUUUAACAUCCGGAAGCCAGAGUCCUCUGUUCCUUCCAAAGCGGUGGUGAUUCACAAGUCGAAAUACAGAGAUGACAUGGUAAAGGACGGUUAUGAGGAUGAGUCCCAUGUCUUCCGGAAAGCCGCCAAUGACAUCACAUCCCAGUUGGAGAUUAAUUUUGGUAACCUCCCUCGUCCUGGACGUGGAGCCAGAGGUGGCACCCGGGGAGGCCGGGGAAGGAUCAGAAGGGCAGAGAACUACGGACCCAGAGCAGAAGUGGUGACACGGGACGUCGCCCCCAACCCGGAUGACCCUGAAGACUUCCCUGCUCUGGCCUGAAGAGCUGUUGUCCCGGCAACACGGAGCGGCGCUGGCGAACCUCUAAGAGACUUCCCUUGCGUGGGGAGAGAGGCGCACUCUAAGAACAGUAGAUGUUGCUUUUCCCGGGCCUGUGGAUUCCGUGCACUUUUUUGGCCUGAGGUGUGGGGUGGCGGGGUCUCUCCAGGUGCUUCAGAGCACCCCAGAUGGAGUCCAGGAAUCCCGUUUAAAGUGUGUACAUAUGUACUGACCCUCCACCAAAGCAUGGAGUAGACUGCUGUAAAAUAUAGCCCACGGACACAAGGCAGGCAGCUGCACACGUAAGUCCUAGUGUCACAGGAAGCACGCGGAACUUGAACUAGUAACUUAAAGCUGGCCCAGCCUAAUUUUCAGAGACCUGUAAAUGUUAGACUCAAGUUUCCUGAGUUCUGCUUUCAUUCAGCCACUAAUUUUAAAUCUGUUGUGCAGCCAGUGAUCACCACUCUGUGACAAACAAGUCCAAGUCUUGGUUCUUAAUGGUGACUUAAACUACCUCGUGGUUUCUGUGUGUGCGCACACACUCACUUCGCAUACAUACGUGCAGAUUUAGUGUUUGGGUGGCUUUCAGGAUGAAUAUUAAGUAUAUGAUUUAAAAAUUGUGUUAUUUAAUUCACCAAAUGAAAAGCAUAUCCUUUUAUUAGUCACACGUGGUCACAGUUCAGCAGCCGUGUACAGAGGCACUCUGUCCCAGGCACACCUGUAAGUCAGUCAUGCACAUUUAUUGAGCACCGUGUGCAGGCUUCUCGCUCGGGCCUCACCCAGCUCCCGCGCUGCUCUGCCUGUGCCGGAAGUGUGGCCCAGCCACUCGCCCGAGCUGCCCCACAGAGCCCGCGGUGUCUGAGGAAGAGUGCCAGGAGGAGGCAGCAGGGGCAGCUGUGACAGUGGGGAGUGGGGUGAGGCUCCACUCUUCUGAAGAGAUGUGACUGGCCUGUCGCGCGUGUGGUGGCACUGGCACCUCAGUCCCAGGACCUGUGCUGCUCCCACUUGGCUGCGCUGAGACGGCUCUGAGCCGAAACCCACGUGCAAAUAAAAGUGGCAUUCCCUCGGAACUGUGUGCAGAGACCGUCAUUUUGGUCACAGCCGCGCCACAGUGGACAGGAGGCAUGGCUUGUGAGUGGUGUUUGCUUUGGGCAGCAGUGUGCUUUUGCUGUCCUUACUAAAGCGCAUGAGUGCCGAGUCAUUUUAACUGCUCAUUUUUCCCUUUUCUUUGGAGACGACACAGCCUGUGUCAGUCCUCAGCCGCUGCUCCGUGUGCUCCGUCAUUAAGUCACUCUGCUUUUCCCUGAAGAGUGGCAAAACAGAUCCCUUGUAAGGGGUUCCCUCUCAGGUUCCAAGUGACCCUGGAAAAGCUCACAGCACUGGCCUAAUGUCACUCCGCUUCUCUCCCCACACCCCGACAGUCCCACAACACCAUCUGUAGUCACGAACAGCGGGACAUGGCACUUUCUGGAAUGAGCUUGGAUCGCGGGCCACCUGGCUGAUUUGGUGGGGCAAAUGACUUCGUUUCUGUUUUGCCCUCUCUGGGAUUGCGCUCAGUUGUCUGCAGCCUGAGUGGCAGCAAAGAAGCCAGUGCAGAGGCAGAGGAGCUGGGGGCGUGGACCUGCACCCAGGGCAGGACCUCCCGGGUCCCCUGAGGGCCGGACGGGGCAUCGCGGCACCAGGUUUGGGUUUCUGGCUGACGACUUAAAACCAAGCACCCUGACCCGAGCUCUUUGGGGAGGUGGAGGUCGGGCAGGUCUCACUUCCUCUGCUGGGCCUCAUCUCGGGGCCAGGGCAGCAGCUGCAGGCGGAGCUGGGGCUGAGGUCCUCCGGUCUGGCCUAGGCCGUGUCCACACGACAAUGGGAGCGAGCGGGACGGGUCCUGCUGUGACAGUGGAAAGCUGACGCACAUCUGGGAGGCCCUGCUGAGGCUGGAAGGUCAGCUGGUCUGAACCUGGUCUGGCUGACAUUGCGGUUUCUUCCCCAGCGACACCCUCUUGCCGGUGGGUCUGGCCUGAGGUCACCCAUGCCCGCCCUGCCAUCGCAGUGCAAAUGGGGAUUUCAUGGGGAGGGUGGCUUUGGCAAGUCCUACCGGGCAGCUGGACCUGGGUGUCCGGGGCUAGAAAAGAACAGAAGUGCCCUCUCCUGGGCCACCUGCCCCCGAGGACCCGCGCUCACUGCAGCCAGCUGCCACCUCUGCAGGAGUAACGUUUUGUUUUGUUUUGGUGAUACUGAGGUUUGAACUCGGGGCCUUGCGCUUGCUAGGCAGGCAUGCCACCCCUUGAGGCAGUCCCUCAGCCCUUUCUGUGCUGGGUUCUGCCACAGUACGGUGACACCCUGGACAAGGACGUCUUUGAGGGCUGAAGGACGCCCUCCUCCUAGCGGCCACCUCCCCUGCACCUGCGGCAGGGCCAGGUUACCUCGGGGCCCAGCACCCUCGGGUAACCACCCCAUCGUUCACAGGUCAGGUGACAGCCCGUGACAGCCACCAGGCAGCAGUGGGAGGAAGAGGAAGCAGAGUAAGGUUUCUUCCGGAACCCCGGUGCAACUUCACGUCAGACGUGCAGAAAGGGGACCAAAGGGACCACUUGACUGUGUGCUCUCAGUGAA